UUCACCAGAGUAAAAAGAAAACGUUGCUCAUUUAAAAUGUCCUCAGUAUAGUAUUUAUUAAAUUUUUGGAAGGAUACUAAAAUGCGCAACUAUAAAAAAUCCGUGGAGUAUUUGAAGGCAGCACUUUUUAAAUCCCCUUGACUACAGGCCAGUCUCGCGUGCUGUCAGUUAGUACUGUUUAGUUAGACUCAACUCGUAGUAGCUAGGUUACCGGUAUUAACUGUUUACUCAAUUACCAGCUGUUUAGGUCACUUUUUAACUACAGUAUUUAAGGAUAGAUUCUCGUUUUUUAACACCCGUCCUUUAAUCCGUGUUUAGCUAACUAUUAGACCUGUUUGUUUUAGUUAAAAAGCUAGUUUAUGUCACUUCAAGGCAGGUGUCAGUUGAAGUAUCGGAGUUUGAACGUUAGUUAGCUAACUAGCUAGAACCGCCUCUGUUGUGACAAGCGUUUCCUCUCUCACUCCAACCACAUGCUGAUGACACUACACUACACACAGCAGCACUGCACACACACACAUACCCUCUAGCUGAAGAAGAGAUAAGCCGCAGACACAUCCCGUUCAGAGCCUGCUGUAACGUUAUAAACCUCCACUUCUCUGCCAGCCUUCAACAGCUGCUUCACACACACCAGAGGAGGAACUAGUCUGAUUUGAACAGUGGAAAACAAAGGAGGAUGGAGCAAUUUAAGUCUUCCCAGGCUUUAAUACAUGGAUAGUGUGAGUAAUGAGCGACUGUACUUUGUAGGAGUCACUGUUUAAGUGGUUUCAACACAACUAUUCAACCACUCUACUUGAGGGUGUGUCUGGGGUCAUUGUGUUACUACUACUACGGCAUGCAGGAUGGGCCAAACUCGCUCGGAUCUGUCUCACACCGCCGCCCCAGCAGGCAGAGGAGCGAAGAGGAAAACACACCAAACAUCCAAGCUACGACUACUCCCUAUCAGCAGAUCCAGGAGAGAAGGAGAGAAACGACGCAGCGACCAGUUAAACAGGAAUCCGAUGAAAAAUAAAGUACUAUCGUGUCUGGGAAGGAGAAAGCGAGACUCCAGCAGCCAAACAGAAGCGGAUUUAGGUUGCGGAAACGCAGCUGGAGCCGGAGGAGAUCCAGCGACGCAACGCGAUCACAGAGUAGGAAAGUUGCCCAGGGACGAGGAGGUGGUAUCGGCGGAGGAGGAACAGCGAGCAUCCCAGGCGACACCAUCCGGCCUAGAUGGUGAUGGCGGUGGUGGUGAUGUCGAAGCCAUCCAGGACGUAGUGGACCGAGAGGCCGAUGGUGAAGUCGGCGGUGAAGGCUGCGAGGAGCCGAAACCCGAGCGAGAGGACGAUGCCUCGGAUCCCCCGACGAGGGCCAUGGAAGAUCAGCUACUGGGGGGAAACAACCAGGGUCGUGUUGUGUCUGAGGCUCGGGAAUUAACGGGGACUUUCUCUAGUUUAUCCCCGCAUCAACCUCUGGAUAAAACGGAUCACAAAAUGACUAAACGUGACUGCAGCACCGUUUCAUGUCGACCCAAACAGGCCAGUGAUCAAAACAACUCUUGUCCGGUUGAGAGUGAGUCUGAUCAGCCUCCUCAUGGUGCUCCAGGAGGCCCAAGUUUCCCAGGACCCAUACCAACACUCAUCAUCACCAGAGACCCCAGUCCGACCCGCGCUGCUCAGGUUGGGACACCACCGGCCACCCUGCUGACCGUCAGGACGGAGCUCAGCAGCGGCAAUUGUCUGGAUCCUCACCCGGACGACGAGUCGCCCUGCUCGGACAGCGGCUGCGGAGGUUCCCCCAUGCUGAUGCGCUCACUGAGGAAGCUGUCCAACUCGUCCUCCAUCUGCCUGUCCUCCGCCUCGUCCUUCGAGGAGUCCGAGGACGACUUCACCGGGAGCGACAUCGAGUCCAGUCUGUCUCCUGCCAGGUCGCUGUGUAGCCCGGACGAUGGGACAGGGAAUAAGUCCUGGCAGAAAUUGAAGACCAUGGUUCACUGGUCCCCCUUCGUCGUGUCCUUCAAGAAGCGUUACCCGUGGGUGCAGCUAGCCGGCCACGCAGGUAACUUCCAAGCCGGGGAGUAUGGACGCUUGUUGAAGCGGUUCUGUGAGUGUGAGCAGCAGUGCCUACAGAAGCUGAUGACGGACACUCUGCGCCCCUAUGUGCCUGGUUAUUAUGGGGUGGUACAGAGAGACGAGCAGGAUUAUAACCUGAUGGACGACCUGCUGGCCGACUUCGACUCGCCCUCCAUCAUGGACUGCAAGAUGGGCAGCAGGACGUACUUGGAGGAGGAGCUGAUAAAAGCCAGAGAGCGUCCACGUUUGCGGAAGGACAUGUACGAGAAGAUGGUGGCAGUGGACCCCGGGGCCCCCACGGAGCAGGAGAAGCUACAGCAGGGAGUCAUCAAACCCAGAUACAUGCAGUGGAGGGAGACGCUCAGCUCCACAGCCACUCUGGGCUUCCGCAUCGAAGGCAUUAAGAAAGCUGAUGGAACUUGUAACACCAACUUUAAAAAGACAAAGCACAGGGAGCAGGUGAUGCAGGCCUUGGAGGACUUUGUAGCUGGCAACACUCAGAUUCUGAAACUCUACCUGCAGCGGUUGGAAGAGCUUCGAUCAGUCCUCGAGCAGUCACAGUUCUUCAGGACACAUGAGGUCGUGGGCAGCUCCCUGCUGUUUGUGCACGACGCCUCGGGGAAGGCCCGAGUGUGGAUGAUCGACUUUGGGAAGACUGUUCCCCUGCCGGAGCCUCGGACCCUGGACCACAGGACUCCCUGGGUGGAGGGCAACAGGGAGGACGGCUACCUCUGGGGACUGGACAACCUCAUAGACAUCCUCAGCAGCAUGCUCCCUCAGACGCCUUGAGAGGGAGGCUCCAAUGAAACAUUGGUUCCUGGACGAGAUACAAAAUCGGGAGAGUUUGAAAAAGAGGAUAGAAGAUUACACAAACUGAGACCGAGAGAGGAAGGGUUAGAAGAGGGCCACCAGUUUGAUUUUCAUCAUCCAAGUGUCUUUAUCCCACUGUACCUGUGUGAGAAGAAGAUGAACGCAGACGAGCGUAGGAUUUCUAUUUGCAAAGUGGAAAACGCCAAAGGCCGACCUCAUGCAUUAUGCUCCAUUUGUGGAACUUGGGGACAGAUGACCUGCGAAGAGUUGAGGCAAACAGUAGUAGGACGAGAAAGAGGGAGAAUUGAAUGCAGAAUUGUAACUUUUUGAGAGUACAGUCCUCUGAACGCUUGCUCAUCUCCCUCCACAACAUCUCCCUCUGCUGGUUAGAGUUGCACGCAGCACUCUCACAACCCUGAACUUUGAUCCAGAGGUAUGAAACCUUUUCACGCAGCCUUUUGAGGAGCACUGGGUAACGGGAGUUUAUUUUUUGUCAUUUUGAUGUUUAAGUAUACGGCAACACUAAAACACUGGUCAGACCACGUGUGAACUAACUCAGCGUGUAAAUACAUUUUUAUUUAAAUGUUUUUUUGGCCUUGGUGUAACCUCCUUACCUUGUUUGUACGAUUUCUGUGCCUGGUAUUUUUUAAGGAAAGAGCUGUUUGAUCAUUCCAGUGCAGUGGACUCCUGCUAUUUUUUUCUUCCAAAGAGUUCACCCAACUGAUUUACAAUAUAAUCCCAAAGUUAACUUGCAGGAGUGUUUUCUAAAUCUGGAUUUUUUUUGUAUGAUAAUGCAGUGAAAGUUUUUUGUUUCUCAUUUAAAUGUACAGUAAGCAGCUUGGCAGCCAUGUUUAUCUGGAAUGUGUUGCACUAUGGAUCCUCACAAAGCCAUUGAACAAAUCAAGCCUGUGUGUGUCUUAAGAUGGGAAGCAGCAGUCAAGUACUGGGUUUACAGAUGCAUUAUAACGUGAAUUAAUUCUCUAGGAUCAGUGUUGCUUCAGAUCUGCAGGGAGUUAUACAUUAGUGGUGUAAAGGGUGAAAUGAAACUGGAAUAACCUGAUUAAACUGAUAAGUUUGUUUAGGCAUUUGUGAGGUUUCAAUUGUGCACGUCAGCUUACACGUAAUCUUCUAACUGGAAAUUUGAAAUGUGUCUUGUGAUUUAACGGAUGACGCAUAAUCGAAUACAACAAUGUCACUUUUAAACACAAGGACGUUGCUUGUAAAUCAUUUAGCUACACUAAACACAAGGUUUUUGGGGUUGACUUUUUGUAUGCAGGAUGGAGAGUUUACAAAGAUACAACGUUGUUAUAUUUAGAUAUUAAGUCGCAGUGCGUAUGACCAUGUGUGUCGUUCCUUGACUGGAAUGCAGCGGGUUGGGGAACAUCAGUCUUCAAGACGUCCUUGGUUUGGGCGUGUAAACGUCUGACUUCAUGAAAUUGGAAUUCAAAUUCAGUAAAUCAGUUUUUUCCAUUUCCUGGAAGGUAAACACCCUGGGAGAGAGGAAUAUUCCAGUGUUUACAAAGUAUUAUAUUUCUUUGCCCACAAAUCCUCUAUAUUUGUAAAACGACUGGGUGCUGCUUUAUAAUUUAAGAAAACUGGAUUCAUAACCACAUUUUGUAUUUUUAAAAAGGCAGCAAAUUUUAAAGUCGCAAAGCACAGACAGACUGGUGAAAACUGAUAUUAAUUCCCUGCUUUGUCCAGGUCAUGGAUUGCAAUAAACUGGAAAUAAGAGA